CUUCACUCUCUCCACCAUAAAACAAACCACUUUUUUCACUUCUCAUUCCUGAUUCUUGCGUUUUCUUGAAUCCUCUUGUUCCUCACCGGAAAAUGGUUGGAACCGGGCCGCAAGAUUCCAGCGCAAAAUCCCAGUUGGUUUUGGAGAUAUGCGCCAUUUCCACCGCACCCAUUGGAUGUCCUCACCGCCGGUAUUGUGUGCCGGCCAAUUCCCAUUUCAUCGACUGGUACCGUCUUCUUGGAGUACCGGAGGAUGCAGGGAUGGAGGUUAUAAGGAAGCGGUACCAUACACUUGCUUUGCAAGUUCAUCCGGAUAAGAACAAGCAUCACAAAGCUGAGAUUGCAUUCAAGCUUGUCUCAGAGGCAUACGCAUGUCUUUCUGACGGUGCAAGGAGGGAGGCAUUCCACUUGGACAAGUGUAGGAAUUUCUGCAUUGAGUGCAAUGGAAUCCCAUGUGAUUCUCGCAGUUCUCCUGAAGUUGAGGCAAUGGAUUCAAGAACUUGCAGAGUAGUGAGAGCAUUCAAAGACAUCUGGCAGAGAUUCAAAGAGGAAACCAGAGUGAUAGAGAAUUGUCUGAGGACAAACAGCUUGUCGAGGAAAGAGUCGCAGCUUUACUGUUCUGCCGCAUCUAACAAUGUGGUAGAUGGUAGGACAACAACGCGCAAGAGCCAGAGAGAAUCACCUGUCUUUAAUCCCUCUGACUAUUUGUUUCAUGGCUACCCACAUCUCAGGAGUCGAGUUUACAAGAGACCAGAAAAUUUUUGUCACUUCCAAAGACCAAGGGGCAUACCGAAUUAUGGCAGGGGAAGAGAAAGGUAUCAGACUCCUAUCUUUGAGACCGUGUCAGAGAUUGGGACAUUAGAGAGCAAACCUGUUUGCAUUCGAUCUUGAUAAUGAUCUUUAGUAUCGAAUGACACUGCGUUUCAUUCUCACAAAAUGGGAUUCCAUUAACAAUUUUCCUGUGAGAGUUGUUCAUUCUUUUGUCUUUGUAUUUUCAUAGGAAGACAACAAGAUCACAUGGAUAUUAUCAUCCUAACAUGAACACGA